AUGAGGGGCCGGGGCCAGCCUGGGCCGGCAGCGGAGGCACCGCGGAAGAUGCUGCAGGUGGAUGCUCGGAGCCAGGGCUCAGGGAGGUCUCCAUCGGUGUCACCAGACCGGGGCAGCACCCCCACAUCCCCCUACUCACUCCCACAGAUCGCCCCCCUGCCCAGCAGCACGCUCUGCCCCAUCUGCAAGACAACAGAGCUCACCUCGUCCCCCGGCCAGCCCAACUUCAACGCCUGCACCCAGUGUCACAGCAAAGUCUGCAACCAGUGCGGCUUCAACCCCAACCCGCACCUCACCCAGGUGAAGGAAUGGUUGUGCUUGAACUGCCAGAUGCAGCGUGCGCUGGGGAUGGACAUGACCACCGCUCCUCGCUCCAAGAGCCAGCAGCAGCUCCACUCUCCUUCACCAUCCCCAUCCCCAUCCCACUCCCCGGCCAAGCACCCGCCACCCUCAGUUGCUGAUAAGACCCCACCAGCCACCCGCACCCUGCCGUCAGAGCCACCCAAACCUCACCCCACCACCCCACAGAGGGACCCGCAUGGCCAAGGCCAGCCAAAACCUCAGGAGGCGGCCAGGUCCUCCCCACAGCAUCAGCAAGCCAAGCCUUCCCCCUCCGAGCAGAGAAAGGCAACAGGAGAUGCAGCAGCAAAGCCUGCAGCCCCGACCCCUGGGGCUGGAGCACAAGAGCAGCCCCAGGAGGGGCUCACAGGGAAGCUCUUUGGCUUUGGGGCGUCCCUCCUGACCCAGGCAAGCACACUAAUGUCUGUCCAGCCAGAGGCCCCCCCUCCGAGCCAACCAUCUCCUGGCAAAGUGCCUCCAAAGAUUGUCUUCAGCGAUGCCAGCAAAGAAGCUGGUCCCAAAGCACCGGGGGCACAGAGCCGUGCCGGGGCCGCACCAGCCGCGAAGCCGGGCAAGCCGGAGCAGGGUGUCAAGCCAAAGGAAGUGCCGAAAGCGAAGGUCUUGUGCCCUCUGUGCAAGGCAGAAAUCAACGUGGGCUCCAGUGAGCCCCCCAACUACAACACGUGCACAACCUGUCGGCAGCAGGUCUGCAACAUGUGUGGCUUCAACCCCACGCCUCACCUGGUGGAGAAGAACGAGUGGCUGUGUUUGAACUGCCAAACCCAGCGCCUGCUGGAGGGCAGCCUGGGCGACCCUGCCCCGAUGCCACUGCCCACCCCGAAGCAACCUGCCCCUGGCUCCCCCAGGCACCAGCCGCCAGCCGCCAGCCAGCAGCCGCGAGCAGCCGCACCGGCCCCCACCGAGCCGGCUGUGCCCCCCGAGCGCCAGCCUUCACCUGCCAAGGGUCUCCGUGCUGGUGAGCAGAGCAGGGCCCCCAGCCCUGCCCCAGCAGAGAAGAAGCCCCUGGUGCCAGCAGAGGAGAAGCCGCUGCCCAAGGCUGUGCCGGAGCCUGCCAGAGCUCCUGAGAGUGUGGCACCGAAGGGGAAGAGUGUGACUCCCAAACCGGAGGGGGAGAGCAAAGAGAGCCGGGCACCCACUGAGGCACCACGGGCCAAGGAGCAGGAGGAUGGGAGCAAGCCUUACCCCCCGGACCUGUCCCGCAGCCCCCAGAGCCUGAGUGACACCGGUUACUCCUCCGAUGGCAUCUCCAGCUCGCAGAGCGAGAUCACAGGCCUGGUGCAGCAGGAGGAGGAGAAGCUGAGCAGCACCGGGCUGGCCGGGCAGAGUCCCCCCAGCCCCUCCGAGCUCACCAAGCUGGAGAGCAGCAUGCGGCCACUGCUGGAGGGCAGGGGCACACCGCCAGAGCCCACGGAGCGUGGCAAGAGCAGCGCAGAGCCGCGGGAGGAGCAGCGGCAGCGGCAGCGGCCACGGUACCUCUCCAUCACCCCAGAAGCCUUUGACUCGGAUGAGGAGCUGGAGGACAUCCUGGAGGAGGAUGAGGACUCACUGGACUGGGAGAACCAGCGGGAGCGGCGGGAGAGCGCGGAGUCGUCGGAUGAGUUCGGCAGCAAGCUGCGGCAUGACUACGUGGAGGACAGCAGCGAGGGGGGAUUCUCCCCUGUACCUCCCCGGGCCAAGGGCCGUGAGGCUGACGUGAGCGAUGAGGAGUUCAUGCGGAGGCAGAUCCUGGAGAUGAGUGCAGAGGAGGACAACCUUGAAGAGGAGGAGGAGGAAGGCUAUGGGCGCACCAAGUACAGCGUCCCCAAAGCUGGGCAGAAGGCUGAGGCAGAGAAGGGCAAAGAGCCGGCCAAGCGGCGCCUGCCACACGGGGCCAGCAGCAUGUAUGAGGAGAGAAAGGAGGUGGAGACAGCAGAGGGUGAUGACCUGAGCUCGGCACAGGGCGGACUGCGGCGCUUCAAGACCAUCGAGCUGAACAGCACAACCGGCUACGGCCGGGAGAUGGAGAUGGGGCAGGAGGUGGAUGCCAACCUGGACCGGGAGCCCGAGCUGGAGAUGGAGAGCCUGACGGGCUCCCCCGAGGAGCGCUCCCGGGGCGAGUACUCCUCCACCCUGCCGGCCACGACACCCAGCUACACCUCGGGCACUUCGCCCACCUCCAUCUCCUCCCUGGAGGAAGACAGUGACAGCAGCCCCAGCCGUCGGCAGCGCCUGGAGGAGGUGAAGCAGCAAAGAAAGGCUCGCCACCGCUCACAUGGUCCCUUGCUGCCCACCAUUGAGGACUCAUCUGAGGAGGAGGAGCUGCGGGAGGAAGAAGAGCUGCUGCGGGAGCAGGAGAAGAUGCGGGAGGUGGAGCAGCAGCGCAUCCGGAGCACGGCACGCAAGACCAAGCGCGACAAGGAGGAGCUGAGGGCCCAGCGGAGGAGAGAGCGCUCCAAAACCCCCCCCAGCAACCUCUCCCCCAUCGAGGAUGCCUCCCCCACUGAGGAGCUGCGGCAGGCGGCAGAGAUGGAGGAGCUGCACCGCUCCUCCUGUUCCGAGUAUUCACCCUCCAUCGACUCCGAGGCUGAGAGCUUUGAUGCCGUGACCUCCAAGCUGUACAAGUCGGGCAGUGAGUACAACCUGCCCACCUUCAUGUCGCUGUACUCCCCGACGGAGAAGGGGGAGAGUGGCCCCAGCCAGCCUGCCAGCAAGCCCCUCAAGAGUGCUGAGGAAGCCUACGAGGAGAUGAUGAGGAAGGCAGAGAUGAUGCAGAAGCAGCAGGUCCAGCAGGCUCAGCCAGCGGUUUCCUAUGGCAGCACCUACCAGCAGGUCAGCUACCACGGCACCGAGGGCCAGAACAGCUUUGAUUACCAGUACACGGAGGAGUACCGAUACGAUGGUAGCCCCGCACACCCCUCCCAGCCCAGCUAUCCAAGUGGGAAGGCAGGAGCGGUAUAUGAGGAGAUCCUGCAGACCUCACAGAGCAUCUCCAGGAUGCACCGGUCCUCCUCCUUCGACCUGUCCCUUGAGCAGGGAGAGAAGGCAAAGGGGCAGGAGGAGGUGUACCAGGAGAAGCACUUCCUCCAUGCCGAGAGUGCCUACGCUGACCUGAUGAAGCAGAAUGGUGGUCCGCUCACCCCUGGCACCAGCCCCACGCAGCUCUCUGCUCCCGUCUCUUUUGCCACCUCCGACAGCAGCACAGCCAAGGCCAUUCCCAAUGUCCGGGUCACACAGCAUUUUGCAAAAGAGGGGCAAGACUCCAAGCUCCAGGGCACCCCAGCAGCUCCCAGCCCAGCAUUCAAGGCUGCUACCACUCCUUACGCCUACAGCAAAGGUGCUAGCACAGUGACAACGGCAGCAGCCAGCCCUGGGAGUGUGCUGCGCACCUACAGCUCCCCAGCCCCGGAGGCCCCAUCCAUACCUAGCAGAAGCUACAGCCCGGUGAAGAGCACUGUCAGCUACGGCUCACAGACAGAGGACAUCAGCAGAAGCAAGGCAGUGGUGGAGAUCAGUGUGCAGACAGCCAGGGAGAAGCCCCCGGCUGUGAGCGACAGCAAGCCCCCACCACCAAAGACAUACACCUUCUACAAGAGCUCCAGCCCUCCGCUCUCACCCACCUCCCCCACGAAGAGUCCCACCCGCACCACGAAGGCCACGGCAGAGUUUUCCACGCAGACACAGAGCCCCCUCCUGCCCUACGAGGGUCCCACCGCCGGCCCCACCACCUCUUCCCCCAUGGUAGCACAGGGGACGCAGACACCCCACCGGGCAGGCUCCCCACGCCUGGCGCGGCAGCCCUCCUCACAGGAUGCUCCCUUCAUGCUGAUCCCAUUGGCGGCUGACGCAGCCAGUCAGACUAAGCCAACCAGCUCCGGCUCCUCGACAUCUCCCACUUCAUCGCCCACCAGGGCGAGCCGGCAGCUGCCGGCACACGGCUACAGCCAGGCACCGGAGACGGAGCAGCCGCUGAGUGCCUACAUCAGGGUACAGCCGGUGAAGGAGCACACCCAGAAGGCUGUGACUUCAGCCGCUGAUGGCAUCACGGGGCUGUAUGGCUGGGGAGCGCUGCCUGCAGAAAACAUCUCCCUCUGCCGCAUUUCCUCCAUCCCCGGCACAUCCCGGGUUGAGCCAGGGCCCAAGGUGCCGAGCACUAACGCCGUGGAUUUACGGACCGCGCUGAAGUCUGCCCCCAUCAUCAUAACAGACCAAGGCAUGGAUCUCACCUCCUUGGCCACAGAGGCCAGGAAGUACUGCCUGACCCUGGACCACAUCCCGAGCCGGCAGUCCACAGCCAUCCAGCCCCUGAUCAUCAACCUCAACGCGCAGGAGCAGCCCCACGCCAUCAUCGCAGCAGCCACCACUGCCAGCCUGGCCAUCGCCUCCCCCAUGCUCCUCUCGCAGCCCAAGCAGCCCGUGGUCUAUGGAGACCCUUUCCAGAGCCGGGUGGACUUUGGGCAGGGAACUGGGAGCCCAGUGUGCUUGGCACAGGUGAAGCAGGUGGAGCAGGGCAUCCAGACAGCUGCUGUCAGAGCCGGCGGGGUGCCUGUUGCCAAGUCUGAGCCUUCCGCUGCCCCCCAGCCCAAGUUUGCAAGGUAUGGUGUGCCAGGACAGGUGGUGAAGAAGGACAUGCUCAUCACGCAGACCGGUGCAGCACAGAGUGUCGGUGGCCUCCAGCAGCCCUUCCUGCCGGAGCCGGGCUCAGAGCUGUACCGGGCAGUGCCGGUGGAGCUAAAAAGCCAGAGCCCUCUCCUUGCCCUGGGUGGUAAGAAGUCCCAGGUGAUGAUGGUUCAGAUGGAGGAGGCGGCAGGUGGCCCAGUGACCAAAGUGCUGAAGGAGGAACCGCCCACCAACGUUCUGGACCUCACGGGCAUGAAGCCAGAGAGUCAGGUUGCCUGCUGUGACGUGGUCUACAAGUUCCCCUUCGGCGGCAGCUGCACCGGCGCCUUCAACCCCACCUCCAAGAUGCCAGAGAAGAAGGCUGGGGAGGCGGCAGCGCCUGGUCGGAAAGCCAGCGGGCCCCUCUACGGCAGCAGGGAGCCAGAGCUGCCGGACACCUUCCCCUUCCGGGAGCAGCCAGCACCGGCUCACCCUGUCUACGAGGAGCAGAAGUUUUACCCCACCGGCGCCUUCGGCCGCCUCUACUCCUCCAUGUCAGACACGAACCUGUCCGAAAUUGGGAUGGGCUACUACCCCCCAAAGGGGGAUCAGCCCUUUGCCUCCCCAGCGGGUGAUGCUGCCGUGGACCUCAGCACCAUGAAGCACUCCUACAGCGUGGGCUUCGCCGAGGAGGGGUACCUGGGCCAGGGGCUGCAGUAUGGCUCCUUCUCCGACCUCCGCCAGCCAGCAGAGCUGCUGGGCCGCCCGCUCCCUAUGCGCAGGUACAGCUCAGCCUCCAACAUCUACUCUGACUACCGCUUCUCGCCCCGGGCAGACCUGUCCAGCUUCCAGGAGUCCAGUCUGGCCCACUACAGUGCCACCACAGCACGGGAGAUCAGCCGCAUGUGCGCCGCCCUCAAUUCCAUGGACCAGUAUGGCGGCCGGCAUGCCAAUGGCCCUGACCUGAUGCCCUACGGCCCUGGUGCCGGGCCAGGGGGGCCGGGCGGGCUGGCAGCUGCACAGCAAGGCCCUGUGCCCCCCAAACCCAGCGGGAUGUACAACCCCAACUUCCCUGAGGGGCGGCAGGGCUUCGGCAGCCUGGCACAGUACAACAUCCCCGGCGUCCGCCUGGGCACCAUCCGGCAGAUGUUCCCUUCCACCGCCACUGUGCGGGCUGCCGACGGCAUGAUCUACUCAACCAUCAACACGCCCAUUGCCUCCACGCUGCCCAUCACCACCCAGCCGGCUUCAGUGCUGCGGCCCAUGCUGCGUGGGCUCUACAGACCCUAUGGACCGGGCGGUGUGGCUGCGGUGCCUCUGGCCAGCCUGGCCAGGCUGCCGGUUGUCACCCCCCGUGUCCCACUGGCAGCACAGGGCCUCUACCGCUACCCAGCGCCGAGCCGGCCGGCCCCGGCAGCCUCACUGAUGGAGACACCCGUGUACCUGGGCAAGCCCAUCAGCACAGCACCAGGGGCAGCGGGUGCUGGUCCCGCUCCCAAAGUCCCCACCACCAGCGGCUUGCAGAGAGCGGAGCCAGCGGGAGCUGCUCCCCGUGCUGAGGGACCGGCGGCACCGGUGGCCAGCAAGGAGGGUGGACAGGGAGCCCCGGUGGCCAAGCCACCUCCGGAUGGAGGUGCACAGCGGGAGGAACGGGAGCGGGAGGAGGAGCGGCAGCGCAAGCAGCAGGAGCACGUGCUGCAGCUGGAGCGGGAGCGCGUGGAGCUGGAGAAGCUGCGGCAGCUGCGGCUGCAGGAGGAGCUGGAGCGGGAGCGCGCGGAGCUGCAGCGGCACCGGGAGAAGGAGCAGCUGCUGGUGCAGCGGGAGCUGCAGGAGCUGCAGUGCAUCAAGCAGCAGGUGCUGCAGCAGCAGCAGGAGGAGCGGCACGCGCAGCUGGCGCUGCAGCGGGAGCAGCUGGCCCAGCAGCGCCUGCAGCUGGAGCACAUCCACCAGCUCCAGCACCAGCUGCAGCAGCAGAUCGAGGAGCAGAAGAGGCAGAAGAGUGUGUUCCCUGCGCCCGCCGAGCCCAGCGCCCGCCCGCCCGAGGGCACUGCCGAGGGGCCGCGGGGUCUGCCGCAGCACAAUGGGCACCCAUGGCCGCCACCCGGCCAGGCUCCGCUGGAUGGCCCUGCCGGGCCCCGUUAUCCCGCGCCACAGCGGCCGCUCAGCAGCUCAGCCUCGGACAUGUCCCUGCAAGCUGAGGAUUCCUGGGAGCCCGGACGGGGCAUCAAGAAGAGGAACUCGAUGCCACGGCUGCGGGAUGCCUAUGAGAAGGAAGCCUCGCGGGAAGCCUUUGCCGGGAGGAAGACAGCAGACAGCAGUGUGCAGACGGACGAGGAGGACAGCGAGGAGCGGUACCUGCUGUCCCGGCGGCGGCGGGCGCGGCGCAGCACCGACUGCAGCGUGCAGACGGAUGAGGAGGACAGCGGGGAGUGGGAGCAGCCCGUGCGCCGACGGCGCUCGCGGCCCUCGCGGCACACGGAGGCCGGUUCCGAGGGCAAGGCGGAGGGCACAGCCCGCGGUACGGCCAGCGUGGGCAUCCAGACCAUCAGCGACUGCUCGGUGCAGACAGAGCCCGACCAGCUCCUCCGCGUCUCCCCCUCCAUCCACAUCACCACCCACGACCCCCGGGUGGAGAUCAUCAAGUACAUCUCAGCUCCAGAGAAGACACAGCGUGGUGAGAGCCUGGCGUGUCAGACGGAGCCAGAGCCAGCCCCCCAGCCCGGCGUCGUGGUGCCCCAGCUGACGGUGCCCACCACCAUCCCGCCCUACUCCGCCAACAUUCAGAUGGUGAGCACGGGCCCCCUGGACCCCCACACCAUCCGGCAGCAGACCCUGGGCAAAUUUGAGAAGAAGAAACCUGAUCCCCUGGAAAUCGGCUACCAGUCCCAUCUGCCGGCAGAGUCCCUCUCCCAGCUGGUGACCCGCCAGCCGCCCCGCUCUCCUCAGGUCCUCUACUCGCCUGUCUCUCCCUUGUCCCCCCAUCGCCUCCUGGAGUCCUCCUUUGCCACCAGUGAGCGGCUGAACAAGGCUCACGUCCCCCCGCAGAAGCACUUCACCACUGACUUGUCCCCGCGCCAGCAGACACUGCCGCGACCCAUCAAGACCAUGCAGCGCUCCCUCUCAGACCCCAAGCCCAUCAGCCCCACUGCCGAGGAGACCGGCAAGGACAGGUUCUCCCUCUACCAGCAUGCGCUGCUCCCUGGCACACAGGUUGGGGGGCUGCAGUCAAGCCCCCUGUCACGGAAGGUGAAACGGACACUGCCCAGCCCACCACCCGAGGAGCCCCAUGUGCCCCUGGCCAGCUCAGCCACCCCCCAGCUCUACCUGAGCAGCCUGGCACCCAAGGCCACCGCGCCAGUCACCAAGGCCAGCCUGCUGAAGGAGCUGGACCGUGACCUGAGGCUGGUGGAGCACGAGGCCACCAAGCUGCGAAAGAAGCAGGCAGAGCUGGACGAGGAGGAGAAGGAGAUCGACGCCAAGCUGAAGUACCUGGAGCUGGGCAUCACCCAGCGCAAGGAAUCACUGCUGAAGGACCGAGGAGGUGGACGAGACCACCCCUACCUGCGCUGCGCCGGGGACCGCCGCGACUACCUGUCGGACAGUGAGCUGCACAGCCUGCGCCUCGCCGCCUAUGACAGCACCGGCCUGCGCCCAGCACCCGCCGGGCACUACCCUGACUUCGCCGCUGCCUCCUAUGGCGCUUACCCGUACCCUGCCCCGCAGGGCCCCGCUGCCUUCCCACCGCCACGCCUGCAGCAUCCCCAGUACCCCGCAGCCAGCACCACACAGGAUGGCUUGCCAGCGGCCCCACUACCUGCCUUCGCUUCGCCUGGUGCCUUCACAGCCCCCGGCGCUGCGUACCCGGAGCUGGGCACUCCAGGCCAGCCGGGCUUCCAGCCCCAAAAUCCCUACCAAGCCCCGAGCGCCUUUGCUGGAGGGGCCCCCAUGCCAGCAGCACAGCCCGCGCUCUUCCAGAGCCCGGCAGACGUAGCUGGUGCACACCAGAAGCCGCGUCAGACCUCGCUGGCUGACCUGGAACAGAAGAUCCCCACCAACUACGAGGUUAUUGGCGCAGCCACCAGCUCCUCUGCCGUUCCCGAUGUCACGUUCAGCACCGCGCCAGCCAGCGGUGGCUAUGAGCAGUACAAGGCACCAGAGACCCGGCAGGCUGAGAGAGCCAGUGCAGCCCCAGGCCCCUCAGCAAGCUUCUCUUCAGAGUCCCUCUACACCAACCUGGAGCAGAACAUCCCCCGUAACUACGUCAUGAUCGAGGACAUCAGUGAGCUCACCAAGGAGAGCCCAGCAGGGGAGGGGCAGAAAGCAGAGCCAGCCGGCACAGGCACUGACAGCCGCCAUGGCAGAGAGAAGAGCGAGCUGGGGGAUGCCGACAGCUCCAGCCGGCCCUGCUGCUACAGCAAAGCUGAGGAGGAGUCUGAGGAGGACGUCUAUGACCACCAUGGCCCUGACUAUCGAGGGAAGAACAGCUAUCACCGGGGCACAGAGAGCAAUGGCAGGGUGUCAGGUAGCUCCACCAGCUCAUCCUACUACUAUGGGGACAGUGAGUACCGGCACUCCUCAAGGGUGGACAAGCACGGCUCUGGUGCAGCUCUACCGAAACAUUCAUCCAAGAACCUGGCACCUGCUGUUGUCUCCUCAAAGCGCAGCAAGCACAGGAAGCAGGGCAUGGAGCAGAAGAUCUCCAAGUUCUCCCCCAUCGAAGAAGCCAAAGAUGUGGAGUCAGAUCUGGCCUCCUAUGCAGCGACAACCUCAGUCGGCGGCAGCAACGUGGCCUCCAGGGCCAAGAAGUUGCAGGAGGAGAUCACCUAUGGCCUGAAGAAGAACGUCUAUGAGCAGCAGAAGUACUACGGUGUCUCCAGCCGGGACCUGGUCGACGAGGAGGAGCGGGUCUAUGCCACCGGCAGAACCCGCUCCUCCAGCUAUGGGGUGGAGAAGACCUCUGGCCGGGACGCAGGCAGCCGGAGCAAGUCCUAUGAGCGGGAGGGUGCAGAGCGCUCCCAGAAAGGUGGCUCCAAGCCCUCAUCCCUCAGCAUGAGCCAGAGCCGCGGGCGGGCACCCAUCCGCACACAGCCCUCAGAGGAGGAGAGCCCCGUCAGCCCCAUGGGGAAGGCGGUGGGGGGACCACGUGCUGCGGGGGGGCCCGGUCCCCAGUCAGCAGGGGACCCCUGCUCCCAGUUCUGCUCCAGCCACUCGUUGCCUGAUGUACAAAAGCACAUCAAAGACGUGCCAAGGAGUCACUCGUACAAGCACGAGGAGGGCUACGGCAUGGAUGAUACCCAUUGCGUUGUCUCGGACAGCGAAGCCUAUCAUUUGGGUCAGGAGGAGACAGACUGGUUUGAUAAGCCCAGGGAGGCACGCGCGGAACGGGUCAGGCACUACGGUGGCCACUCUUCCUCUCAGAAGAGACCCCCAGUUAAGCACACCUACCAUGACUACGACGAGCCCCUCGACGAGGACCCAUGGCAGCACGAUGACUACCCCCAGCACCGCGAGCACCGGCACCACAGGGAGUAUGAUCGCCAUACCGGCAGCUCCCGGCACGCCGGCGAUGAGCCCCCGCGCCGCUCUGCCAAGCAGCACCCACGAGAGCCCGGCCGCCACGAGCCUCGAGGCCACGGGCCACCGGCUGCCUCCAAGAAGGCGCAGCAGCCUGAGCCCCGUGUGCCCGCACCCUACGGCCCCAGCUCUGCUGAGUACACCCCAUCAUCUCGUCCCACUGCUCACCACCAUGGCGCUGAGACGCCCAAGGCACAGAAGCCUCCCCAGCCCCACGGGCCGGCUGCGCCAGCGCCAAAGCAGGAGCCCCUCACACACACGCAGCAGCCGUCGAGCAGACAGCAGCAGGCAGGGCAGCAGGCAGCGCGGCAGCAGCCGGCAGCACGGCAGCCUGCCCAGCCCACGGGCUCGGCGCAGCCCGAGGCGAGGGGCAGGACGCAGGGGCCACCAUCGGCUCGGCCACCGCAGCAGCAGCAGCAGCAGCCAGGACCAGCGCAGGCUGCGGGGAAGGCACCGGCUGCAGCCCAUGCACAGCCAGGAGGGCACCCAGCGCCGGCGCCAAAACCGGAGCAGACGGAUGCACCCAGACCUGCAGCAAAAGUGCCACAGCAGCCGGGGAGAGCACCCACAUCACAGCCUUUGGGAGCAGCAGCAGAUGCCAAGGCCGGUCCGAGGGCACCCGGGCCGCGAGGUCCUGCCAGCACAGCCAUGGGGCAGCCCGGGGCAGAAGGAGAGAGCGUCUUCUCCAAAAUCCUGCCAGGGGGGGCAGCAGAACAGGCAGGCAAACUGACUGAAGCGGUGUCAGCUUUUGGCAAGAAGUUCACUUCGUUCUGGUGAGAGAACGGCACAAGGAGUUUGGGAAGCAAGUGGAGAUUGAGUCGUUGCAGUGGAAAAACCUAUGAAGAAGCCACUGAAUUCAGCACACGGCGCCAGACUCUGAGUAUAACAGUGAGUGUCUGGGGCACCUGCACACAAGUUCCCUCCAUCGCACCAGUCCCCUCCUCCAUGCCAUCCCUGGGGCUCCUAUGGCACUGCUGUCUCCCACUGGCACAUGCCAACCCUGCCUCCAGGGUGAGGAGGACAUGGUGCAGCCUCGUCCUCUUCACACUGGGCCACUCAUUCCCAUCUUCAUCCCCA